AUGUCCCUGUCCUCCAGUUCCUUUGGUAACCCUGACCUGCGAGAACAUCUCGCGGAGAGCACUCUAUCUGCUGCUUCGAUAGCCGGCCUUCUUUCUGGGCCUCCUUCCUCGAUCCCAGCGGAGGACAUUAGGGCUUCUUUUAUUUCCAAUGGUUGCCGCAAUAGACUAAACUCAUCACUCUCAGCAUCAGAUAAUUGUGCAUUUGGAGCAGAAGACGAUGCGGGGAUUUUAGUACCGGGAAGAGCUGUGAGUGGGUCAAAUGUCAGAUGGAGCUACGAUGAGCAAAUAGGUCAGCAGAUGCUACAAGCCAGAUCGUUGGCGACAGUUAGCCCAUCGUACCGAGUCUCAUCUGGGUCCGACUCUGCGUGGGUGUCGAGCAAAUCCUCUAUGAUUUCUGAUGACCAGUACACUUACAAUGUUCCUGGCAAUGAGCUCUCUCUUACUCUUGGAUCCCGCCAACAGCCUGCUAUGAACAUGGCCAGCGUUCCAGAUCAGUGCUCAGAAAUGAGCUGCUCCAGCCUAACUCAAGUAACAUCGAAGGACAACAGGUACCGAGACGCCGCAGAGUUACAGGUCUCUUCCCAAUUUCUUCGCAAUCCUUCGUAUGACGUCCGCCGUGCGUUGGGGCUGGAAUCGAGGCAUCCUCUUCCCGGCAACGAGGAGCGUACCUUGGAGUGUGGUUCUUCGGGUUACGUUCAUUUCUCCCAGACGCUGUUGGGUUCUCGAUAUCUUCAUGUGGCUCAUCAAAUACUUGCGGAAGUCACCGGCCAUGCGCUAGAAGAUCAGUAUAAGCCGGAUGAUUCUGGUUACUUUUGCGAAAGAGGGACUUCACCACUGAGUUCUGAUGAGUUUAGGCAUGAUUCUGCGGAAAUUAGAGCACAUGAACCGAAGACGGUGAAAGCUGAGCUCUUUAGUAUGCUGCAAAUGGUGUGCCGCGCGAUGCCUCUCUCUAAUCUAAUCUUCCUCCUGAAUUAUUUAUUUAAUUUUUUCCCUCUAAAUCGCCAUCGAUCUCUCUUCCUGCAUCAGAUCGAUCAGGGGUACAACGAGUGCGUGGAUCAAGUCCAAAAUGUCAUAGCAGCCUUCCGGGACGCGACCAAUUCGGCGCCUACUCAGACGCCCGCCCGCUUCGUACUCCACACGAUCUCCGCCCUCUACAGAAGCCUGAGGGAGAGAAUCACCUCACAGAUGGUAUUGCUCGGGCAGCAAUUCAGCUGCGAAUUUAUGUUCGAGAUGGAGGAAUCCUUGGAGUCUUCAUUCCUCCAGAAGCAGUGGGCAUUGCAGCAGCUGAGGAACGACCAUCAAUCUUGGAGGCCGCAGAGGGGCUUGCCGGAGAAAUCUGUCGCCGUUCUCCGGGGAUGGAUGUUUCAGAAUUUCCUGCACCCGUAAGUCGUUCGAAGAUUUCCCCAGCAUAGGCGAUGGGUCUUCCUCCCAUUUAACUGUUUUCACCUGCCCAUCUCGAUGUCAGGUACCCGAAAGACAACGAGAAGCAAUUGCUUGCGAUAAAGAGCGGGCUGACUAGAAGCCAGGUGCUUCCUGCCCUCGACUUUAUUUGGGGUCUUUACCUUCUCCACCUAUCAGAGAAAGAUUUCAAGGCGUAAACCUGAUUAUUGAUCACCCGUGUUCUUGACUCUGAGUAUCAGGUGUCCAACUGGUUCAUCAACGCUCGGGUCCGCCUCUGGAAACCCAUGAUUGAAGAAAUGUAUCAGGAGAUGAGUAAAGAGGGCCGCAGCGAAGAAGGAACGGGGGAACACAGAAACAACGGAGGCGGGGCAUCUCAGAGAAUCCGGACGGGUUGA